ACAUCCUUACUUUCCUCGACAUCUCGUCUGUCCGGCUGUACCUCGCUGACUCGCGGCCAUGCACGGCGGAGCGGGAAAAUGACCGAAACGAAGGCUUUUUACUUAUUACAAUAUAUUCUUAUAAGCAUCGCCGCGAUAUGCUGUGUCGCAUGUCAAGGAUCUGCCGACCCAUGCGAUGAUGCAGAAAACGUCAUACAGCUUCCGGGUGCGCGGAAGUGCCUGUCCUAUCGCAAUGACGCCAAACACUGGGUGGAGGCUGCGAGUAUAUGUGAGCGGGAGGGCGGCACCUUGUACCGGAUAGACGAAGGCCAACUCGGGGCAGGGUCGGGGUUGAAGCAGUGCCUCCUCUCUACACCUGACACAGGAGGAAAGCUGGACUUCUGGAUCGGCGCUACCAGUGUGUGGAGCCCCCAGUGGACGUGGGUCAAUGGAUCGUAUCUGAACCCGUUGUUGGCGUGCACACAAAACUACUCGGCGUUGACGGUGCCGUCAUUUGACGUGUGCAGCAACCACCUCAGCGUGGACUACUGCGUCAGUAUAUGCAGACAGGAGGGAGCGCCCUUCUCAGUUAUAGAGCACAAGAAGGGGAGAAAACACCCAUGUUGCUGGUGUAGCUAUCAGUUCGAUGCCCGCGUCAUCGGCGACUGUCCCAACAGGAACUACACCCGGGGGCCUUCAGAAUGGCUGUCAGUAUUCUCAUCUUUCCCGAGGUUCGGUACAGCUAUUGUGUUAAAGAGUUCAGAAGCGUUGUCUCAGACGGAAACGUUGUGUGCCCGCGUCAACCUCGACACAACGACGAUCCGGGAGCUGUCUAGCCAGUCCUGCUUCACUCGGAACUACUACCUGUGUAACCUAGGAAACAAGACCGACUGUACACUGACACUGGGAGGUCAGUGUGUGUUUGUUGGUCAGACAUGGGUCACGUGGUUUGCUGCGCGUGCAGAUUGCCGCCGUCGAGGGGGUGACCUCUUGAUUGUGGGCGAGCUUGUGGACAUGUAUGAGAUCAUCCCUUACAUCAAGCUGAAGAAGAACUACUGGAUUGGGGCCUUCAACCACGUCUGGGACUUCCAGCCAGGUAGUGACGUGUUCCGGCGCGUCAACAACUACGUGGCCCAGGAGACGUCAUGCGGCCAUCUCUACAACGAAGGCAACACCUGGUUGUGGUCGGACACAAGCUGUGACUCAAGGAAGCCGUUUUAUUGCCAGUUCGAUAGCGUCAAGUACGCCAACGUUCCGGCAUCUGACAACGACUACAUCUGCCCUUGGGAUAUCAACCCCCCAACCCCCGUCAUCCCGACAGACCUGCCCCUCACCAGCAGUGUCGUCUACAGCAACGUCUCCACCACGCCGACGCAGCCAGGCGCAAUCGUCGGUGACGAUUCAAGCUCGUUCCCCCUGGCCGCAGUGAUCGCAGCUUGUGUUGCGGGGUUCCUCAUGCUGCUCUGUGUCCUGCUCUCGGCCUUCUUCGUCAGACGCAGACAAUGGCUCUCCAAAAAAUUCAGCCGAAAGUCCGACCGUGUGUUUGGUGGUCACCGUUUACCCAGACGUUUCUACCAUCGGUGGAGUAACGCCUACAACUACUACCCCGACCAACUCUCCGACGGCGGAUGGGAGUCCGUCUCUACACACCACACCGGGGUCUUGAGUGACAUGAGCGUCGUCUCUGCGCCCUCCCCGGGAGGCUAUGUGAGGGAAGGGUACGAAAACCGUGGCCUCACAAGGGCGUACACUCUUGCCUCUCCAGCCGACCUGGAUGCUCUUUAUGCUAAUAUUAACAAUAAAGGAGGAAUAAUCAGACGCUCUAACACCAAGGCAAGCGGUCACAGCUUCACGACAGUCGGACAUGCUUUAGGGAGUGGAAUAGCGGCUACUUCCGGUAUAGGCGGAAGUGGCACAGAUAUUCGUUUGCAGCAGGAUCUGGACAAGACGCUAACCUCUAUCCACCAUACAGGGUCGCCAACCUCCAAGGAGUAUAUGACAUUGGCAGCACAUAUGAACAUUUUGGAGGAUCUAGGAUCUACAAGAUCUGCUACCCGUACCCGACCAGAAGUUGCCUUGGUAACUAAUGAUGUUGACCUCAAUUUUACUGUUAACCGUGCUAUUACCAAGAACAGAACCGGCAGUGAGCAUUCGAGCGAACGCACCAUAGAAGAGAUUGAACUACCUGUCGGGACGACUGUUGAAAUACCAACAAAUUCGUCCGACUUUGUUCAUUUUUGAGUAUAUUGAGAAAAUGUAAUCAUCAUGGAAUAGGACGUUAAGGUGUAGGUGACAAGAAAUAUAACAAUUUAUCUGCGAAAACUUGGAACAAUUUCCUAUAUCAUUCAAUAAUUGGAAUUGUUUCUUUUAUCGCCGUACAGAUAUAUGAUAGUAGGUACAUGCGAGUACCAUACGGUAAAAGGAAAUAUAUCAUGCUCAAAGCAAAGCACAGCUUUGUGAUCUUGCACAACCCAAGUAUAUCCACAUCCACAUCCACACCAGCUUACACAUAACAUACUGUCGACAGUACGGAUCAUGAGUAAUCUGUUCGGUUGUAAUUUAGUAAUAUGGAAGCCCAACGAUAUUAUCGUUUCGUUCAGUAACUAAAACUACUAGUGAUGUGUGUUAAAUGUCGGAGACGAUACUCCUCUCCAGACUUAUCCUUAAAAUAUAUAUUGUUGAACAAUGUCGGUCAUUAAUAGUGUUUGAUGUGUAUGUCAAAUAUGAAUAAAAACAUUAUCUGCAAUAGUACAACAGGUCACCGACACGAAGGAAACGGCAAACUUUGUUCCUCUGACGAAAUAGUCCAGUAUGUCAUUUCUGGGAACAUAAUGGGUAGACACAUUGUACCCGUAUUGGGAGUAGAACUCGUGGCUCCAGCGUGACGAGCCAACUAUUCAACCACUAGGCUACCCCGGCGUCACCGCUAAUAUGACGUAAAGAACUUACUACAUGUAUUUAUUUGGUAAGCCAUGGGACACUGCUGUUAACGGAGACAUCUUCAGUGUCCAGCGAUGGUUGUAUUACUAUGUACAUGUAUAUAUUUGUAUGCAACUUGAUAAUGUCCACAGUAUGUCAAAACUAAACGGAAUCUUAUUCAUUACCAAUUUAAACUUUAAGCCCGUUUGCAGCUUGGAAACAUCAGUAUAUCUAUGAUUCACCGUUAUUCGUUUUUCAAACGUUAACAAAACUAUCCCUAGUAAAUUAGAAAAAUAAAUAUAAUACCUUAGUGUCUGAACAUGAAUAUGUUUUGAGGAGAAAUAAAACAAGAUGAAGGUUGAAAAUGUUUCGUAUUCGUACAAAAUCACAAUUUAUUAUUCAUAAUUUAUAAAAACAAGCUGUGAUUUUAUGUAGCCAGCUGUGCCUUCUUUGCCAUGUAGAAGUAGGAAUAAUACCAAAUGGGACAUUAAUAAAUUACUUUUUGUGUUAUUUUGUAAAGAUUUAACUCUAUUUAUACAUGCAGUACCUAAUCAGCAUACAUUUACCAAGAUUAAUAUAUCCGGGACAAUGUACACUGGUAUCCUGUAAAUAGGUGAGGUGAGGUGAGGUGAAAUGGGGUUUAACGUCGCGUCCAAGAUUAUUGCACUUAUAUAGCGACGUGCAUGUACGCGUGUGUGUGUUUGUGUGGCUGCUUGUACUAGUC